GUGCACCCAAGAAAACAGGACGAGACUUCGCCUGCACCUCGAUCUGCUCUGCAUCUCUCCACCCGGACCGCAGUGGAUACAGCCGCCUGUACAGGACUACAUCUAUAACACAAAGAUGUAAAGGUUUUCUUUUUUUUUUUUUUUUUGCUUUUGUACGGCGCGUGUUUCACAGGUCCGUUUGUUUGUAGGAGCACGCGCAGCACUACGCGAAAUCACUGCCUGGCUUUCUCUUUGCGCUCUUCUCUCACUGGUUAGUGGGAUGCAGGAUACGCAGCAUCACCGGCAUCGUUAACUAAAGCGAACACUAUAUAUAGACCUCCCAGUUCAGCAGGCCUGUCAGAUUUUAAGGCAACGUAAGUGGGUGAAGACUAAACGGGGAAACAAUAAAACUCUCCGCCGGUGUGGCAAGGACUGCUUUUUUUUUUUUCGGCGGAUAAAGUGCGGAGGGGGUAGUCUAUUUUCCAAAUGUUUGUGAUGUGGAUGCUUUUUUUAUUCACCGGGCGCUCCAAUGCCUCAUUGAACAAGAAAUGAUUUGGUCAUCUAAAGAUCAAAUGGAACUGGACUGCUGCUGAUGUUCUCGGUAACGCGCUUUAUCUGCCCGUAUACCUACCCGAUGAGUCUCAGUGUGUGGAGGGAGGCGCGGAGCAACAUCCAGAGAACUAUACAGGGGGGAAUUGAGUUACAUUGCAAUAACGCUUUUCUUGCAAAGAGACGUAUCUCUGCGGCCAGGAGACGCUCGCAACAAACCAGAGCUUAACAUAAUUUUAUUUCAGAACUGGACAACAUUGGAUAACCAGUGUGUGUCCGUAGCUGUGCAGUGUUCGGAGCCCAAACUGUGUGUGUGUGUGUGUGUGUGUGUGUGUGUGUGUGUGUGUGUGUAUAUACACACUUGUGCGAGAGCCGGGGGCAUACACUACAUGUGUAUAUGAGAUGAGGAGAAGCUAAGUGGCUACCACAACCACCCAGAUCAGACAGCCUCCUGUGCUGUAAAAUGGAUUAGAGCCUCGCACCUCAGCAGAUCAAAGGUGGCUGUGACAGGGGCACCCCCGGGGCAGGACCCAUGAGGAGUCAUAGAAGAUGCUCACAGCCUGGGCGCUUCUGCUCUUCUUAGCCAUGUGGGUGAGAAGCACCUCUGGUGGCCCGCUCUCCUUCAGAAUAGCUGCCAUCCUUGACGACCCUAUGGAGUGCAGCAGAGGAGAGCGUUUAGCCAUCACGCUGGCCAAAGACAGCAUCAACAGGAGCACUAACCGCUCCACCACGGGCAAGCUGGAGGUGGACAUCUUUGAACUGCUGAGAGACAGUGGAUAUGAGAUGGGGGAAACAAUGUGCCAGAUCAUGUCGAAAGGCGUUGUGGCAGUCCUCGGCCCCUCUGCCAGUCCGGCCUCCAACUCCAUCAUCAGCAAUAUCUGUGGAGAGAAGGAGGUGCCCUAUGUCAAGGUGGCUCCGGAGGACAUUCUGAAGGUUCAGUACCCCCGGUUCACCACGCUGGACCUGAGGCCAACCAACACCGACAUUAGCCUGGCUGUGGCCGGCCUUCUCACCUUCUUUAACGGCACCACAGCCUGCCUCAUCUGUGCACAGGCUGACUGCUUACUGAACCUGGAGCAGCUCCUUAGGCAGUUCCUCAUCUCCAAGGAGACUUUGUCGGUGCGCAUGCUUGACGACAGCAACGACCCGACCCCGCUCCUGAAAGAGAUACGAGAUGACAAGACUGCCACUAUCAUAGUCGAUGCCAACGCCACCAUGUCACAUAUCAUUUUGGAACGGGCAUCAGAGCUGGGGAUGCUGUCAGUCUACUACACCUACAUCUUCACCUCUCUGGAAUUCUCUUUACUCCGACUGGACGACGUGGUGGACCACCGAGUCAACAUAGUCGGUUUUUCAGUCUUCAACAAAACUCAUCCCUUCUUCCAGGAUUUUGUGCUAAGCCUCAACCGCUCCUGGCAAGAGAACUGUGACCAUGCACCCUUCGCUGGCACCCCACUCUCCUCAGCGCUGCUCUUUGAUGCGGUAUACGCGGUGGUGGCGGCGGUCCAGGAGUUGAACCGUAGCCAGAAUGUUGGCGCCACUCAGCUCUCCUGCAAGUCAUCCAAGAUCUGGGAGCAUGGCACCAGCCUCAUGAAUUACCUGAGGAUGGUAGAGUUGGAAGGUCUCACGGGCCACAUUGAAUUCAACAGCAAAGGUCAGCGCUCUAACUACGCCCUGAGGAUCAUGCAGAACAGCAAGGAUGGCCUAAGGCAGAUUGGCCUGUGGCACUCUGAAGAUGGACUGUCCAUGGAGAGAAAGCUUCCAUCAAUCAAUGUGACGGACACCCUCUUCAACACUACUCUAACCAUCACAACAAUACUAGAGAAUCCGUAUGUGAUGCUGCGGAAGAACCACCAAGAGCUGGAGGGAAAUGACCGCUACGAAGGCUUCUGUGUGGACAUGCUGAAGGAGCUGGCAGAUAUUCUCAAGUUCAAGUAUCGCAUACGGCUGGUGGGGGACGGACUGUACGGGGUUCCUGGAGCCAAUGGAACAUGGACCGGCAUGGUUGGGGAGCUCAUAUCAAGGAAAGCUGACCUGGCAGUCGCAGGCCUCACCAUCACAGCAGAGCGUGAAAAGGUCAUUGACUUCUCCAAGCCCUUCAUGACCCUCGGCAUCAGCAUCAUGUACCGUGUCCACCUGGGACGUAGGCCAGGCUACUUCUCCUUCCUGGAUCCCUUCUCCCCUGGUGUCUGGCUCUUCAUGCUUCUGGCCUAUUUGGCUGUCAGCUGCGUCCUCUUUCUGGUGGCCAGAUUGACACCUUAUGAGUGGUACAACCCCCACCCGUGUCUUAAGGGUCGCUGUAACCUGCUGAUUAACCAGUACUCACUUGGCAACAGUUUCUGGUUCCCCGUUGGAGGCUUCAUGCAGCAAGGAUCCACCAUUGCUCCAAGAGCGCUGUCAACGCGCUGUGUCAGCGGAGUGUGGUGGGCCUUCACAUUAAUCAUCAUCUCAUCCUACACUGCUAACCUGGCUGCCUUCCUAACAGUCCAGAGGAUGGAGGUGCCGAUAGAGUCAGUAGACGACCUGGCAGAUCAGACAGCGAUAGAGUACGGCACCAUGCACGGAGGAUCCACAAUGACCUUCUUCCAGAACUCUCGCUACCAGACCUACCAGCGUAUGUGGAACUUCAUGCACUCAAAACAGCCCAGUGUGUUUGUUAAGAGCACGGAGGAGGGCAUCGCCCGUGUCCUCAACUCCAACUAUGCUUACUUGCUAGAGAGCACCAUGAACGAGUACUACCGCCAGAGGAACUGCAACCUGACACAGAUCGGAGGGCUGCUGGACACCAAGGGCUACGGCAUCGGCAUGCCGCUCGGGUCAGUAUACCGUGAUGAGUUUGACCUGGCCAUCCUCAAAAUGCAGGAGGACAAUCGUUUGGAGAUCUUCAAGAGGAAGUGGUGGGAUGGUGGCAAGUGUCCAAAGGAAGAGGACCACCGUGCCAAAGGUCUGGGCAUGGAGAACAUCGGCGGUAUCUUCGUGGUGCUGGUGUGUGGCCUGCUGGUGGCUAUCUUCAUGGCAGUGCUGGAGUUUGUCUGGAUGUUAAGACAGGCACCAGGAAAUGAGCAGUCAGUGUGUGAGGAGAUGCUGCGGGAGCUCCAUGGGAUCGUCCUGUGUCGCGACAGCCUGCAGGUGAGGCGCAGGCGGGGGGCUUCGAUAGUGCGACCGCGGCCCUUACCCCUGGAUGAGCGUCGUGCGCGAGCUGCUGCCGUCAGCCUCAGCAACGGCAAGCUGUGUGGAGGCACCGGACUGCCUGAACCCCUCUCCCACAGACUGGCACAGGAGGCUGCCCUGGUUGCGAGGGGGUGCAGCCACAUCCGCAUUUGCCCCGAGUGCCGGCGCUUCCAGGGACUGAGGAUGCGUCCUGCAGGGGCCACUGGGGCCCUCCCUUCUCCCACACACAGUGAGGAGAGCAUAGAGUGGGACAAGACCACAAAUAGCAGUGAACCUGAAUAACGCCCCGCGAUUACAACAGGACUGACUUUCCCAACAGCCACCUCUCUACUUUACAGGGAUCAAAGAUCACGUGGUAUUUUGAUUCAGCCAUUCGGAGCUUGAUCUCACAGGGCAGGACGGUGCUGUGAACUUUGUUUUGCCCUCGAGGCAAACGCCUGUAGUCAGUUUUGCUGUCUCCUUGGGUGAAUGUGUUUUGCCUUGGUCAUAGGAGAAACUGAUGAGUCUGUCUCGUUUUGGUCUGUCCCUUUUGGCCCUCCGUACUAAGUCAACCAGGACGAACGAAAACAGCUACGUGGCAUUUGUACUAUGCAGUAUUUUCAGUCAUUUAUCAUGUGCUGUUUUUUUCCCCCUUUUUAAAUUAUUUCUGUCCUCUGUUGGAUUAUCAGUCCAGAAUAAUGUUAAUCUAUUGUUCUUAGAAAAAAACUUUAAAUAUGUUCCUUUUUUUAUCUGACAAUUUACUGUAUGAACGUAUAUUGCCUCUGAAGAGCUGCAAAGAUGAACAGACUAAUGAGAGGUCAUCUUCAAAUCAUUUUAUUUUGAAAGUGCCAAAAACCAGAAGUAUUAUCUUGUGGCUGAAGACAGCACCACAGCCUUGAGAAGUCAACAAACUCAACUGACCCUAGAGAACAAAUAAACCGGGACUUGCAGACACACAGACU